GAAACGGGAGUCGCGUGUGCCUUUCUCUUCCUCCCGUGCCUCCCUUGUCCCUGACUGCAUCGUCGCUCUCCGUUUGGAGACAAAGAAGGAAGGCCUCAGGCCCCUCGGAGCCGAUUUAACGUCAUCUGGUUGAGCGUUUUUAUCUACCAAAAUGUCAAAAAGGCCAUCUUAUGCCCCACCGCCCACCCCAGCCCCCGCAACCCAAAUGCCCAGCACACCAGGGUUUGUGGGAUACAAUCCAUACAGCCAUCUGGCCUACAACAACUACAGGCUGGGAGGGAACCCGGGCACCAACAGCCGGGCCACGGUAGGAGAAUCAACUAUUACGUCAUCCGGCAAACAACAAGAAGUGACCAGAAAUGGCUUUAGAGCAUCGUCUGGUAUUACAAUCCCCAAACCCCCCAAGCCUCCAGAUAAGCCACUCAUGCCAUAUAUGAGGUACAGCAGGAAGGUCUGGGACCAAGUGAAGGCAUCCAACCCCGACUUGAAGUUAUGGGAAAUUGGGAAGAUCAUUGGAGGGAUGUGGCGAGACCUCACUGACGAGGAGAAGCAAGAGUACUUAAAUGAAUAUGAAGCAGAAAAGAUAGAAUACAACGAGUCGAUGAAGGCCUACCAUAACUCACCCGCCUAUCUUGCCUACAUCAAUGCAAAAAGCCGAGCCGAGGCAGCACUGGAGGAGGAGAGCCGGCAAAGGCAGUCCCGGAUGGAGAAAGGAGAACCUUACAUGAGCAUCCAGCCAGCUGAAGACCCAGAUGAUUACGAUGAUGGAUUUUCUAUGAAACACACAGCUACGGCCCGUUUCCAAAGAAACCACCGUUUAAUCAGUGAGAUCCUGAGCGAAAGCGUAGUGCCUGAUGUCCGAUCAGUGGUCACCACAGCACGGAUGCAGGUUCUCAAACGACAGGUCCAGUCUUUAAUGGUUCAUCAGCGGAAACUGGAAGCUGAGCUCCUGCAAAUAGAGGAACGUCACCAGGAAAAGAAAAGGAAGUUCUUGGAAAGUACAGAAUCCUUUAACAAUGAGCUCAAGAGGCUGUGUAGCCUGAAGGUAGAAGUGGACAUGGAAAAAAUAGCUGCGGAAAUAGCUCAAGCAGAGGAACAGGCCCGCAAGCGGCAGGAGGAACGGGAGAAAGAAGCAGCGGAGCAAGCCGAACGCAGUCAGAACAGUGCCAGCACUGAGGGGGAGCAAGCCGUGAGCAAGGCUGAGGAGAAGAAGGAGGAGGGGAAUACUCCCAUGGAGACAGAGGAGCCUCCUCCAGAGGAAGCGAUCGAGACCCAGCAGAACGGGGAAGGGACAUCCACUCCAGAAGACAAGGAGAGUGGCCAAGAAGGAGUGGAGAGCAUGGCAGAGGAAGGAACCAGCGACAGCAACACCGGGUCAGAGAGCAACAGUGCCAUGGUGGAGGAGCCCCCCGCUGACCCCAUCGCCCCAGAAAACAGUGAAAAGAAAGAAUGAGCCCAGAGCCCCAUGUUGUUGAUCUCUCUCUGUAAAGUGGUUGGCAAGAUGCUCUUUGAGGGGUGAGGGGGGAGUGUUUGUGUUUUUUAUAUGUGUUGGUCACCACCUACCAGAUAUUAGGCGAUUGUAAGUGCUCAGCUCACAGGUUCAUAUUUCCAGGGGCAAGCAAUACCCAAAGUCCAUCAGGCGGGGGGGGGGGGCAGAACCUGAGUUCUAGUCCAUUUGUGGAGCUCUAAGGAAACACUUUUGCAUUCGUGUCUGUCUUUUUUUUUAUUUUCGUGCCUCCUUUUUUCCCCAGGGAAGUAUUUCGGAGGACUGAAAAGAUCUCUGUUCCUCAUACCACUCUUCCAAGCAGUUUAGAAUCUGAUUAUUAGUUGAAGAGCGAGUUCCCAGCUAAUUCAUUCUCUCAUUUUUUUGCAUUUCUUAAAAGGGAUGUGUGUUUCCAUGCUGUGGGUCUAAUAUUCCAAGCUGCAGUCCCCAUAAGGCAAAACUGAAAAAAUGGUUGUCUACAAAUUACUGCUUCCUUAUACAGAAUUGCUGUUCUGCAUUUCUUAAAAUUUUUCUAUUCGACCUGAAAAAUACAUAGCCUGCGAAGACUGUUGAAAAAUCCUCUAGGUUGUGUUUCUGUUCUUUACCUCUUGCUUCCCUCAAAUAUCUUUUUCCCCUCCAGUGUUCCUUGAUUUUAGCAAGUUUUCUUUUUAUUUAAAACCUCUUAAUACUUUAUUUCUCUGGAGAGCACUAUGCAAAGAUAGAGUGUGAACCAUAAUAACAGAUACUCUGCUCUUAACAUUCCCUAACAGCCGCACUGUUAGAGCACUCGGAUGCUGACACCAAACCUUGACAAUAUAAUUUCCAAAUCUCUACCAAAGGUUAAUUCUGAGUGUAGCUUCCAAUUUCCUUCCUGCAGCUGUCUGUCAGACAAGAAUACAGAAGGGCAUGCAGUUUGUUAUCACAAGAGACGUGACUCUUCAGGGCAAUUGCAUGAUGUGAUAUCGUUAUGUCCUGGGGCUGAUUUGGAGCACUGUGGGAUCUUUCUCUUUAAGGGUCCCCCCCCCUCUUCUGGUGCUCUUUGAUCCUUUUGUCAGGAAUGAUCUGAUACAAAGGUGUGGUGAAACACAAACCGAAAGCAGUCACUUGAAGCACCUUCUCUUACCCUCCUGAGCUGUGCCACGCUCCGAAAGCUCCGUGGAAACAGUUCACAUUAAACAACGAAUUUGAGUUGACAUGAACUUUUCAGAUAUCUUGCCGCAUCCCAAAGUCAUUUUAUUUUUAUUUUUAAAAACCACCUGUUUGAGAAUUGCAGUUUUGGGCAUGUUAGACAGAUGUCUCCCUACAGGUUUUU